AUGAAUAGAAUUAAUAUUAAGUUAAUUUUGAAUGAUAAAUUAAAAUCAUUAAAGUAAGAUUAUCUUAAGAAUUGUAUCCUGCAUAUUAUUUGGCCAAAAGAUUACUAAUAAAAAAUUUAAGGAAAAUGA